AUGGUCGAUGCGGAAUUGAAGGACAUGCAUACGGAGUACUCCAGGCAGUCACAACUUCCUGUUAUGGCACCACUGCGUCACUUGCCUACCAGUACCUUACGUACCUCAAUCACAAUAAUGGUAGAAUCACUCCUCACUUCCGUCCUCCGCCAACAAUCCACUUCGGUCCACAGUCUCCACAAUCUCCGCGUUCUCAGCGGCGUCCAGAUGGAUACCUACAAAGGGUCUUCCAUCUAUAGCUGGCUAGCUGCAGUUGAGACCCCCAAGGACCCGCCAUACCAUGGACAAUGGGCCGAUAAUCAUCUCUCGCCCACUAGCAUCAAUCCAAGUCCAUAUACAGCUGAUGGAUUGUGCUCCCCAAGUAACGAAGUCAGCCAUGACUUUUCUGUAGCUGUGCGCCAGCAACGACCGACGCUGGACGUUCCCAAUGGCACUAACACGCAAGAGAAACAGCAUUGCUAUGGACGGAGGCCCCGUCACAAAACCAAAUCAGACCGCUAUGAGUACAAGGGCCAGGCAUCUGCCAGAGCCUCGCAUCAUUCCUCCAGCAAGCCAAGAAAGCGCUUAUCCAGAGCCAGAAAACACACGAUCAACGACCACUUUCAUGCCUCGAAUGUCCCCGCAAAACGGCUGACGGUGCGUCUCCUGUCCAAGAAACCAAAGAACAGAAGAGACACUAACAACCUGUUCAAGCUCCCCUCUUGUACGCCGUCCGGGAUUUUCGGGAAGGGAAAGGCCUCCACACCGGUAAGGACUGGUCUACAGAAGCAUCCUUCAGCACCAGUCCAGGGCUUUUCCGAGGUGAAUUUUCUUUCUCACUACCAGCCUCAAGACAAUUUCGAGAGGGCAUGCGUGAACCCUGAUGCUCCAGCAAAGGAUGGAGCCGACCAAUCUCAAAAGGAGAAGACCCCAGCAAUCAGACUGGCGCAGGACGGUCUCUAUCAAAAUCUCAGCAGUCAAUUUGAGGAUGCCAAUGAGUGUCCUGACAUGCGCACGCUACUAGACUCAUCAGUCAUACAGUGUGACGGACUAAAACAUCACGAUCUAGAUAACUGCCAGAUAUUGGGCCGUGAAGGUCUGAGCAUCACCAAACAUGACAGUGACAGAAAUGACAAGGGGGAGGCUACUCAAACGCCAAGUGAUUUGUAUGAAACCUACACCAAACAGCUUCUGGAUUUUGACCUUGAUGCGCAACCCACCGAACUGGAUCCAGUGGUGGAGGGUCUCACCCUGGAACGACUCAAAGAGAUCCUGAAAGAACGAGUGAGAACCUGGGAUCAGAGUACCAAAGGUGUACUCGAGUCAGAGGACCAAAGUCAAGGCCCGGACUACCGAAAGCGCAUUCGGUCUUCGUCUAUCCAUUCAAAAUAUGACGCGAGCCGGUCGAACAAAAAGCAGAGAAUGCUCGGCCCGUCACCUGGAGAAACAAUGGCUGCUACAGAAGGCUUCCCUGCGCCGAGCCAUGACUUCGAACUUUAUUCGCAAGCAUCAAGCGUCGGGGGUGUACACAUUGGGGGCCAGCAACAAGCCCUAUUUGAGACCUUGAGCUUUUUUCCUGACCUAGAGGGGCCAAGUGCUACCGCGAGAUCUGAAGAGGGACUACUCGACGAAGCAUCAGAUGUAGAGAAGAGGCUGAGCAGCACAUUGCUGCUUGACAGCACCGAGGAGAUCUGUCCUCAGACAUUUCUUGCGGCGUAUAGCAUGAUAAUGCGCGACGUUGAUGGCUGCUUCGAGCCGCAGUCACCGCGUAGCCUUUCCCAUGAGGGUAGCAUAUGGUUGGUUUCAGGCCACCAGGACGCUCAUGAUCCGGUGGAUAAUGCAACAUCCUUGAUCGGAUCAGGAAGAAACAAGCACGGUCGAGAUUUGUUGCCCUUUCAACAGCCAGGUGUUGCGACUGGAUGCUUGGAGGCUGACCUGGGGAGGUUGAAUUCUACCUCUAUACCGGGGCAAAGAGAAGACCUAUGGCAUACUAAUGACGCGGGAAGGCAGGAAGGCAAUGUUUCUGAUACGCUAAAAGGAUUUUGGAGGAGAUACCAGCUUCAUUGGUAG